AACUCUACUUACCAGCUGUUUCCAUCCCCCUUUCUCUUAAUCACUCUCUCUUUACUUAUCAGUCUGAUGCUCUCACUCACCGUUCUUUUUUUACUUAUUACCCCCAACCCAACUGUUUCCUUUGUCUCUUUCUUUCCCCCAAAAGCUAGCCAGAGUUACUGAAUACAUCUUUAUAUCUUCGUUUUUCUCUGAGCAAAAUUUUGUAUCUGGGUUUGUUUCCCCUUUUCAAGUUCCUCUUUUGUAUUUUGGUACCUGCUGGUUGAUUCCAUUAUUUUUUUCAGACAAUAUAAAGAAAUUUAACAAACAUGAUUUCAGUCGCUUCUGCUGAAACCCACCAGCAGAUGACCUCCACUCCAAACGUGAUCGAAAGUACGACUACAGAAACCUUCGUUUACCGAUCGAAACUCCCAGACAUUCCCAUCUCCAAUCAAAUUCCACUCCACACGUAUUGUUUUGAAAACAUAUCAGAGUUUUCUGAAAAGCCUUGUCUGAUCACAGGCUCUAAUGGAAGAAUUUACAGUUAUUCUGAAACUCAUCUCAUCUGCCAGAAAACUGCUGUUGGAUUAUCUAAGCUAGGUAUAAAGAAAGGUGAUGUGAUCAUGCUACUACUCCAAAACUGUCCCGAGUUCAUCUUCUCGUUUUUAGGAGCAUCAAUGCUUGGCGCGGUGUCAACUACUGCAAAUCCAUUUUACACUCAAGCAGAGAUUUUCAAACAAUUCAACUCCUCUAAAACAAAACUCAUAAUUACGCAGUCUCAGUACGUAGACAAACUCCGAGACUCUGCAGAAAAUGCUCCUAAAAUUGGAGAAGAUUUCAUAGUUGUUACAAUCGAUGAUCCGCCAGAAAACUGCAUACAUUUUUCGGUCAUUUCAGAUGCGGAUGAAAAAGAAAUCCCGUCGGUUUCAAUUGAACCUGAAAGCACUGUUGUUCUACCGUACUCAUCGGGAACAACCGGAUUACCGAAAGGCGUAAUCUUAACACAUAAAAGUUUGAUAUCAAGUGUUGCUCAACAAGUUGAUGGAGAGAACCCAAAUUUGUAUUUGAAAUCAGAUGACGUAGUGUUAUGUGUUCUUCCAUUGUUUCAUAUUUAUUCGUUACACUCUGUUUUGCUCUGUUCCCUUAGAGCUGGGGCAGCGGUGCUUUUAAUGGAGAAAUUUGAUAUUAAUUCAUUACUGGAAUUGAUACAACGUUACCGAGUUUCGGUUACCCCAGUUGUUCCACCAUUAGUCCUCGCCUUAGCUAAGAAUCCGUUGGUCGAGAACUUCGAUCUGAGCUCCAUUCGUGCAGUUUUAUCAGGGGCAGCACCACUUGGCAAGGAAUUACAAGAUGCUCUUAAGAGAAGAGUUCCUCAAGCAAUUUUUGGACAGGGUUAUGGAAUGACAGAGGCAGGGCCAGUUUUAGCAAUGUCACUUGUAUUUGCAAAGCAACCGUUCCCGUCAAAAUCUGGCUCUUGUGGAACGGUUGUAAGGAACGCAGAGUUGAAAGUUAUCGAUCCUGAAACUGGUUUAACUCUUCGACAUCAUCGACCUGGUGAAAUUUGUGUCCGUGGACCACAGAUUAUGAAAGGAUAUUUAAACGAUGUGGAUGCAACUUCGAGUACAAUCGACGUGGAGGGUUGGCUUCACACCGGAGACAUAGGUUACGUCGAUGAUGAUGACGAAAUCUUCAUUGUCGACAGAGUUAAAGAACUGAUAAAAUUCAAAGGAUUCCAAGUACCACCAGCCGAGCUCGAGGCACUACUCAUAAGUCACCCAUCAAUUGCAGAUGCUGCCGUUGUUUCUCAAAAGGACGACGUCGCUGGAGAAAUUCCGGUGGCAUUUAUAGUUCGAUCGAAUGGCUUCGAGCUUACUGAAGUAGCUGUAAAAGAAUACAUUUCUAAACAAGUUGUAUUUUACAAGAGACUGCAUAAAGUGUUUUUCAUCCACGCUAUACCAAAAUCUCCUUCUGGAAAGAUUUUAAGGAAAGAUCUUAGAGCUAAACUAGCUACUUCGUCGACAUCAGCUUAGUUAACCAAAAAGCCUGUAAUGGGAGUGGAAAAAUAUUUGCUCGUAUUUUUAUUCAACAGCAUCACAACUAGUUAUUGGGAAAUAUAAAUGGCAUUUCCAAUGAUCGGUUAUCAUGCUGCUAGAUCGGCGUUGGUCACGAUUAUUUAUAGUUGUUGCGGAUUGUACAACGUUGGAAAUAGUCAUAGUUGGCGUGUUCAUGUUCGUUAGCAUUUAUUGUGUAUGGAUGCUAAUUACGUAUAAUUUAAACAUUAUACCUGGGAUAUAAUGGAUGUAUGUACAAAGAUUCAUGUUUACUAGUAACUCAUUUCAAUUGUUUGGUCGUUCGAGAUUGAAAGAUGUAUUCUAAGCUUCGAACACUGAAAUUCAGACGUAUGUGAUGCAUGCGCCAUCAUCUUUUGACCA